CUCCUCCUCCCUCGCCCGAAACCCACCUCGUGCUCGCCUCCCUUAUCCCCUGCCUUCCCACCACCUUGGCCGCCCCACCUACCGCCGAUUCGCCUCCUCCGCGCCGCUGCGCUCCCCCCUCUGGUGGCCCCGCCAAGCGCCACCCCUCUUUUCCGCCCGCGCCAUGUCAGGGUCCGCCGGUAGCCCCCCGUACGCCGCCGAGCUUGCAGCCGCCAAGAAGGCCGUCGCCCUUGCCGCCCGCCUAUGCCAGAUUCUUGAUGCAUUCCUGCAGCUGGAAUUUAUUGCUUUUGCUCCGUGUCUUCCUUCUUCAGACUGUACAACAGGAAAUUCUGCAAUCAGAUAUUCAGUCCAAGGCAGAUAAAAGUCCUGUGACAGUAGCUGACUAUGUACAUGUAGGAUCUCAAGUAUUGGUAAGCCUUGCGUUAAAUAUGGAAGUAACUUCUGGUUCAUUUUCUAUGGUGGCCGAAGAGGACUCAGAAGACUUGAGAAAGGAUAGCGCUGAAGAAAUUCUGGAACAUAUUACUGAUCUUGUAAAUGAAACUCUCGCUGAGGAUGGUUCAUACAACAUUACUUUAUCUAAGGAAGGUAUCCUCUCUGCAAUUGAUACUGGGAAGUCUGAAGGAGGUCCAUCUGGCCGACAUUGGGUUCUGGAUCCAAUUGAUGGGACUAAAGGUUUCUUGAGAGGAGGCCAAUAUGCAAUCGCACUGGCACUGCUUGAUGAGGGCAAAGUUGUUUUGGGCGUGUUGGGAUGUCCAAAUCUUCCUUUGGCAUCAAUAAGCAACCUCAAUGGUAGCUCAUGCGGAGAUCAAAUGGGGGCCCUCUUUUCAGCUACAGUUGGUUGUGGUGCUGAAGUAGAGUCAUUAGAGGGCUCUCCACCACAAAAGAUUAGUGUUUGUACCAUCGACAAUCCAGUGAAUGCCUCGUUCUUUGAAUCCUAUGAAGGAGCACACACAAUGCAUGAUUUAACUGGCUCUAUAGCGGAGAAACUUGGUGUCCAAGCUCCUCCAGUCAGAAUAGAUAGCCAAGCAAAAUAUGGUGCUCUGGCCCGUGGCGAUGGUGCCAUUUACUUGCGUUUUCCACACAAGGGUUAUAAGGAAAAGAUAUGGGAUCAUGCAGCUGGCGCAAUUGUCGUCACAGAAGCUGGAGGUGUAGUAACAGAUGCCUCAGGAAACGAUCUCGAUUUCUCGAAAGGGAGAUUUCUUGAUGUUGACACAGGCAUCAUUGCCACAAAUAAGCAGUUGAUGCCAUCACUGCUGAAGUCUGUCCAGGAGGCCAUCAAGGAGAAAAGCCAGGCCCCUUCCCCAUUGUAGAAGCUUUUUUGGUUUGAACCUUCCCUAUUGUACUUGGAUUGAUCCAAAACAAUGAUCGCAAUGCCACACCUUAUUCACACUGUUUAUGUGUAAAUGACCUUUUUGUUGGGACAAAGGCAAUCCUUGUUGUAUCACAUUUGUACAUCUAAGGAGUGGUGACAGCCAUGUCUUAAAUAAAAGAGGCAUCUGCCUGCAGUUAUAAAUA